CGUAACUUUAAUCAAUGUAUUGAAGGGAGAAAUACAUAAAGUAAAGCGUGCACCCUCUAGAAUCUAGAUGUUUGUUGUGAUCAGUAUUCAGUUCAGUCAUGCAGGCUGUGGCUGUGGUCGCUGGGCGCCUCGGGUUGUCAGCGCCACUACUCGCCACUCGACGCCUCACCAGGAUGGCAGACGCACACAGCCGCCCCAGCUCUGACAUGGCCAAGUUCCGAGAGAUGUACAAGAAAGCUAAGCACGUAGUAGUGUUGACGGGUGCUGGGGUGUCGGCAGAGUCUGGAGUCCCAACUUUCCGUGGUGAGGGAGGCUUGUGGAGAAAAUGGAAGGCACAGGACUUGGCAAGCCCCUCUGCUUUUGCACGUGAUCCUUCUCUUGUGUGGGAAUUUUACCACUACCGCAGGGAAGUUAUGGCCACCAAGCACCCUAACCCUGCUCACUUGGCCAUUGCUGAGGCAGAGCAGCGGCUGACAGCGGAGGGCCGGCGCCUUGUGGUGAUCACCCAGAACAUUGACGAGCUGCACAAGAAAGCAGGAUCAAAAGAAAUCCUUGAACUGCACGGGUCCCUCUUCCGAACAGAGUGCACCAUUUGUCAUGAAAUCCUUCCCAACACAGACAGCCCCAUAUGUGCCUCGCUGGAUGGGAAAGGUGCACCAGACCCUAAUGCAGUGGAUGCAAGGAUUCCAGAGUCUGAAUUACCACGUUGCAAGAAGUUCGGACUAUUGCGCCCCAAUGUGGUGUGGUUUGGCGAAGGUCUUGAUGAAAACGUGAUGUUUAAGGCUGGUCGUGAGCUUGAUAGCUGUGACCUGUGUCUGGUAGUGGGAACCUCAUCCGUGGUGUACCCAGCGGCCAUGUUUGCCCCCCAGGUGGCCGCACGAGGAGUGCCAGUUGCGGAGUUCAAUGUGGAGACAACACCUGCCACGCUCAGUUUUGGGUUUUACUUCGAGGGUCCCUGUGGCUCCAUGCUGCCAGCAGCACUCGCCCCUUAACCCUCCUCUCCAGAUGACCAUGAUGUGGAGGGCAAUAGAAGGAUUACCACAGCCAGUGAACUUCAGAUUACUGCAAAUUGUUAA